AAAGCUGUCGCAGAGGACAGACGCGCUGUCGCCCGCCUCUUGCCGGUUUUAGCCUGAAAAGGAUACGUGUGUUUAUUUCGGGAGUAAAUCUUGUUGAUCGCUUUUGGAUGAUUGCCGUGGACUUGGAUGGUUACGUAAAUUGUGGGAAGUGAGUGUACUUGGCUCGAGAUUCAUCGUUGAAAGCUCAAGUUUAAUGUACUAAAGUUUUAGUUACUCCCGAUGUCCCGAGUCUAAACAGCGAUCAAUUUCGAAAGAUAACUCUAUCUAGUCUACACCACAUGUGCCGCAACCCCAUUUUAUAGAUAGAAACGUGGUGACUGUUUACACGAUAAACAAAGUUUCGGUUUUGUUUUUGUAUCGAUGUGUUUUACGAAGAGAAAAGUGUGUGCAUCUGGGUUCCGUAACCACGAUGAUAUAACAAAUGCAUUAAAAUUUAUGGAUUCCAUUGCUGCUGGUGUUUCGCAAGUGUGACAGCGAACAAAAAGUGUCGUGGCAGAGGAGUAUUAUAGAGCCUGCAAGCAUGCUUCGGUUGCGAUAAAGAUGCAAGCCCCUCAUGGAUAGUGAGGGUAGACUGGUGUUUUGGAAGAGCGGUGUAUGGGAGGGGGGAGCCCCCACUCUAAACUGCAACACCUGUAAGAAACGACGCGCCGACAGAAUGAGUGCCAACGACACGCAACGCCCCCAGGGCGAGCUUAAGAAGCUCUCUGAGGAGAGCUUGACGCGGCAGCCGGAGGAGGUGUUCGACAUCAUAUGCAAGCUCGGCGAGGGCUCAUAUGGCAGCGUCUAUAAGGCGUUACACAAAGAAAGCGGUCAGGUCCUGGCGAUAAAGCAGGUGCCCGUCGACACAGACCUCCAGGAGAUCAUCAAAGAGAUCUCCAUCAUGCAGCAGUGCGACAGCCCCUACGUCGUCAAGUAUUACGGCAGUUACUUCAAGAACACAGACCUAUGGGUGAGGCAAUCAGAGGUCACAAUUUGUUUAAUCGUAAUGGAAUACUGCGGCGCUGGUUCCGUAUCAGACAUAAUGAGGCUUCGUAAGAAGACGUUGUCUGAAGACGAGAUAGCCACGAUCCUGUGUGACACAUUGAAGGGGCUGGAGUACUUGCACAGGCGGCGGAAGAUACACAGGGACAUCAAGGCUGGGAAUAUAUUGCUGAACACGGAAGGACACGCGAAGUUAGCGGAUUUUGGUGUAGCAGGACAGUUGACGGACACAAUGGCGAAACGCAACACAGUAAUAGGAACUCCAUUCUGGAUGGCUCCCGAAGUGAUCCAGGAGAUCGGGUACGACUGCGUGGCGGAUAUCUGGUCCCUCGGCAUCACGGCGCUGGAGAUGGCAGAGGGCAAACCCCCGUAUGGGGAUAUACAUCCCAUGCGAGCGAUAUUCAUGAUACCUACUAAACCUCCGCCUUCGUUUAGAGAGCCAGACCAAUGGUCUCCAGAGUUCAUAGACUUCGUGAGCCAGUGCUUAGUGAAGAACCCGGAGGAGCGAGCCACCGCCGAGUACCUGUUAACACAUGAGUUUAUAGCGUCUGACGCAGGCAACGCGAAGCACCCCAGCAUCCUCAGCACGAUGAUAGCGGAGGCGCGGGAGAUCAGGGAGAGUCAGGUCUUCAGGAACGCGCAGCAUCACACCAAUAAUGCUAAGACUUUUUCUGCGGGCGAGGGUUACGAAGACGCGACAAUGAAGCAGCGAGGGGACGGUACUCUGGUGCCGUCGAGAGACGCCACGGCAGACCUGGCUGCAGACCUCGGCACUAUGGUCAUCAACGAGCCUGAUGCUGAUCUCGCUACUAUGAAACGUCACGACACGGACCCGAUGGACACGAACCGGCCGAAGUACCGGCCGCUCUUCCUGGAGCACUUCGAGAAGAAGGAGGUCAACCACGUCGCCGCCAACGGCACCCUCACCCGGCCCCGCGCCGCCGCCGACACUCACGACAGUGUGGAAGGCGAAGCGGAAUCGGAACCGAACCCCGCGCUAGCCUUCCAACGCGCCUUUGUAGAGGAGGGCAACUUCGAAUUCGUAAGUCAACUGCACGUCGUCUCUCUCCUGCCGCUCCUCGCCGAGCGACCUGGGCUACCUGGGCGAGCGCGAGCUGGAGGCGCUGGUGUCGCGGCUGGACGCGGAGAUGGAGGCGGAGAUCGAGCAGCUCCGCGCGCGCUACACGCGCAAGCGCCAGCCCAUCCUCGACGCCAUACACCUCAAGCGCAAGCGCCAGCAGAACUUCUAGCGCACCGCGCCGCCUGACCACUGGACACCGGCGUUACUGUCCCUACGUACACCAUCAUUCAUCUCAACAUCGCCUUCAUUCAAUUAGGUGCUUUUGAAUAGGUGCCAAAAUUUGACAUACGAUGUUCCUAAAAGUUCUCUUGACUAGGAAUCGAUUCGGCCUAAUAUUUUUGAAAUUUUUCGCGUCUCGCGUCUCGCUUCUGGCCAAAUAACGUGCCACGUGUGAUGGGCCUUAUGAAAUUCGACCCAAAUUAAAAAAAAAUCGCUAUUAUAGUAAAAAAUACAAAACUGAUUGAUAUUUUUGCCUUUUUGAUCGGGUAAAAAUUAUACUGUGUCAAAUAUUUGAUUCCGUAUGUGCUAGCUACUGUAGUUUAAUACUUACAUCUUUGCCAAUUGCCGAUAUCGUAUAUCCGAAUACGCGAAUAAAGGUCAGUUCAAUAAAAUGCGUCAAUGUGCGUGUCACAAACCGAGGUAGGUCCUCCUAGCAUAGCGUAGCUUGUUAAUGUAGAUUGUUAUACUAGUGUAAGUAGCCUAGCAUAAGAACACGUAACGCCGACACAUAUCCCUCGCGGAGUAGAUGGCGCCACCGUACAUCAGAGACAAGAUGGCCGCCAAGUGUAUUUUUUUCUCGUCCAAAACAACAUUGUUUCACGAAAAGAAAAUACACCUCCGCCUUGUAGAAUACUGUAUCAAAUUCAUGACAAUAUUAUUUGUAGAUAUUACUAGUAAUGUAACAAAUAAUUUGAACGUGAACUGUUUCGUUUGUUUUGAUGUAUUGCGUUCGAACAGUUAUUAUUAAGUUCCUUAUGUUUUAGAUCUCAGAUGUAUCUCGCAAACAUAUUAUAUACACGUAUAUAUUGUAAUUAGAUAAUAUUAUUCACUCAAUUUGUACAUUGUUUACGACUUUGUAGUGGGUUGUGAGAUGAAUUUAUUGAAAGAUAAUUAUAAUACAAGUUACAUUUUGAAUUCAUGAUUUUCAAGUGGGCCGCCUGAGUAUGGGGACGUCGUAAACGAUAAAGCCUCGAUUUCAAAGUGGGAUUACAGUGUAUAACAUCGUCUGCUUCGUCCCCAUGCUCAGGUGUGGGCACCGGGUAAGGCUGGGUGUCGGGUCCACUCCCGUAUAUUUUCGUGUGCCGUCUGAUUCUCAUAGUACACAACAUAGCGAUACCCUCUAAGGGUAUUUAAUCUAUUCUCACGAGAUUUUAUGCAUUUCUACAUUGUAAUAAUGUAAAAUAAUUAGCAAAUAUUAUGAAAUAUUAGCGAUAACGAGUGACUUUGAGCUGGACAUAGAUAGCUGUUUUCAUGUAAAAUGUCUCUUUGCAAAUUAUAUAGUGUUCAACUUCAUCGAUUAAAAUUAAAUGAUACAAAAGUUUUAGAAGUGCCAUUAAAUUUAAAUAAAACAUAGUAUUUUCGUACUACAAGCAAUAGUUGUAAAUUAGAAGUAUAUCUUUUGUCAAUGAAUUUUUAAAGAUCGGCGAUAUAUUUUUGUGCCAUUGAAGUUGAAAGAAAUCUGUAGUGUUUGGGUAAAGUGAAUAUGAAUUGCGUGCCGUCUGCUUUCAGGUAAAGGCUUCAUCUUAUGCAAUUAAUUACUUAUAAGAUUAAUAUUUUGCUACAUAUCUGGAAGCAGGCAAGCUGUUUUGUGACAUUUCAUGGACUAAUUAUUCGAACAAAUCUAUUGUACUACCAGUAUUAUAACUUUUUGUCAAAUGUAAUAAUUACUCAAGCAUAUUUUGUGCUUUUAAUGUCUUUUCGUGUUUUGGAAAUGGCAUAACUUAAAUUAUAUUUUGCAAGUAAUCGAAAACUUUGCGAGUCAGCAGGUAACAUGGGAAGGCUCAAAUCGUAUAGUUCAUUAAGUACUACUACUAGUAUACUUUUGUGAACGGUGACUACACCUGGAUUGUGAAAUAGUGAUAGUCAGAAACCUGUUGGCUCAAUUUAACCGGCCUAUAAAUCAAAUGAUUGGAAUAAAACAUUCGUCUUUGUAAAAUGUACAGGGUAAACAUUAUAUUAAUCAAUAAUUUUAAUUACGAAAUUCGCUUGAUCGCGGUCACGUGCUUGGUACUUUCAUUUCGUUGUAUUCACUCAAUUUUUACUAAAAUUUUGCGAAAUUAAUAUUGUAAUCGAUCUAAUUUUUGAAGGAGUUAUAUAUUUAAUUUUAGGUAAUGUAACUACAAAUCUAGGAUAUAAAUAGGCUGAUUAUGGAUGACUAAUAGCAAUACCUACUAGUGUUGUUGAUACAAUUUGCUAUUUAUUGGCAUUCGAGUGUAAAUGAUACCUUGUUGAAAAUGUUUUGCAAUGCAUUGUAACUGCAAUUUACCGCUGAAUUACAAACUUGUGGAAAAACAGCUAAGAAAAAUAACGUAACUAUAGAGUAUUUUUGUAAGUGAUAUGGACAAACAAUAAUGUGCGCUAUAACAUUAGCAACAAGGUUGAUUAUCGAACAAAACAGUAUAGUGUUGUUGACGAGUUUCGUUGAGCGUUCGUUUAGUAAGUUUGUUGUUGGACGAGUACAACGCCGCUUUAAAUAUUCAGCGUGUGUUUUGUGUGAUGUACGACCGGCUGCACACUUUGCGAUGAACUUGAAACUACCAUGUGAUUUCGGGAUAAAUCUAAAUGCUUUAAAAAUACGAAGUACACGUCGACGGUGCCGUCUUAGCUAGAUUUUAACCAAGGAAAGUAUAAAUUAAUUAAGGGAAUGCGUAAUGUUUAAGUUUGCAAGUGUAUUCAUUUUCUGAAGCAUUUAUAUUUAUCCCAAUUUGAACUGAUUGAGAGAUAUGGACUUUGGUGUGGAAUGGAAAUGACGUUAGCUCAAUUCAGUAGUUUUUGUCAAACCUACAUUUUGUUAUGUAGUGUAUCGCGAGGUGUGCAGCCAGCCUAAAGCCUUGUAUUAUAGUUUGUUAGAGUACGAAGGAAGUGCACUUUGUAAUUCUGUAGCCUGUUGACAAGUGUUGAAUAGCUGCGUACGCAUUAUAUUUUUGGACAGACAACUCACUGAAAUAAAAAGAUUAAUUCAUUAUAAAAAAA